AUGGCUGGCGGUCGCAGCUCCCUCAGCCUCACUCAGUAUAUCGACCUAGCCCUGCAGAUCACUGGUUCUACCUUCACUGUGGGGGAGGUGGAUGCCGAGCCGGCAUCCCACAGAAUGGUCGACGAGUCAGCGUGCUAUGUCAUGGUCAAAGAGCCAGCGUCCCACAUCAUGGUCGUCGAGCCAGUGUCCCACAUCAUGGUAGACGAUUUAAUGGACACGCCUGCCAUGGCUGGCAAGUCAAUGCCCAAGCCUGCCACGGCCAACGAGCUGAAAGCUUCGUCCAUCCCAGGGCUGGAUGACGUGUAUGAGAAGUUUCUGGCAAUAGAGAGGCAUCGGGACAAGAUGAGAAAUAAAGCCCUCUUUACAUCAGAUACCAAACAAAUUUUGCUAACUGGGAGCAGAUGGCUGUUAAAAGAGGAACUGGAGGAGCUUCUGGUGGAGAAUAUUUCAGAUCAAGUUUUGUCCAUGCCCUACUGCUCCCUGAAGCAGGAGUUGGUACAGAAGUUCCUCAGACAGUUUCUAACAUUUGUCUUUUUCUCUCUCUCGUUCUUCGCCAAAGGCAGCAUCAGCGGCUCUGGGAACAUCACAAACGGUAAGAACUACCUCCAGUACUUUCCUGUACUGCAAGACAGAGAGCAGCUGAUGUUUCCCCUGCAAUUUGACAUUGAGGGUAGCGUGGAGGGGAGUGGUCACUCUGCUCAGGGCGGGGCUCUGAGAUUGGCCAUCUCACGGGCACUGCUCAGUUUUGUGUCUGAGGGAGAAGUGGUAAAGACGGGGCAAGCUGGUCUGCUGACUGCUGACCCCAGGAUCAUGGAGAGGAAAACACCAGGCCAGGAGGGAGUGUGAAAGAAGUUCACUUGGAAAAACGUUGAACAGGAAUGGGACAAUCGCAGGAACCCAGAGAGAGAAAACAACUCCCCUGUUUUCCUGGAUUGUUGGAUUAUUCUGUGGCAUUCGCAGCAGAUAGAAAGAGGUCUUUCCCCUGUCUCUGCCACAUAA